AUGAGUCGCGAUAUAUUCCGGAUUUUCAAGCCUGAUGGAAAAAGCGAGGACCCUGUAGCCAAACGUCGGGGACAACUCCGUCGUGCUCAGCAAACACAUCGUAGGAAAGAAAAGUACACCAAAUGCCUCGAACAACAGCUAUCACAGGCCACACUCCGGGAAAGCGGUUUGACUCAGGAGGUUGAAAGGCUUCGCGGCACCACCGAUGCCCUCAUGAGCUACCUGUCCCAGCAAGGCAUUGAACUCCCUCCUGGUCUAUCGCUCGGCUCGGCCCGGGGCGAGGUGCACACGCAAUACGAUCUACUAAAUGGAGGUCACAUUUCAAACGUGGCGACGGCUUCUCCAGCUCGUACAUUUGACGAGCUACUCUCAAACCAACCGAGGCAAAAUGCGGUAACACCAGCUGCCCUUGACACAAACUGCCAUUCUCCUCAGAAUUCCGAUCUAUCUAGGAUAAGGAUGGAAUUCGUUCUCAGGCUCGAAAGCAUCUGUCUUGGUCAUAUCCAUGGCGAUCCAAAUCAACCUGAUGAGCCUCACGGUCAUACGUUUACGGCAACAAUGAUGCUGGAAUCAUGCAGCAUACCACAUAACGGCAAAGCGCCCCAAACAGCCCCAGUAGCAAUCCUUGACCGACUCCUUCGCCUAUCGCCUGAGCUGUGUCCCGGGACGGAGCAGACGCCGGUACAGAUCUGGGAACACAUCCAGAACCAACCAUAUUCCGAUCAGAUCGACGUACAAAGACUGCAUCUGUUGGCGGAUAAGCUACGAGACGCGGCUAAGUGUUUUGGAUUCGGAGCAGUGGUUGAGUCGGCAAUGGUAGACAAAUUACUGUUAGAGAUGGUGCGGCAUAGCGGCUUCAAGCCAUGA